AGUUUGUUUCCUCGAAGUUCAAGCCGUCAUUUGAAGAUGUCGGGGCUCAGCCCAGACAAAGCAGCAGUGCUGCCGCUCGCUGCACUUGCCUUGGCUCUCAUAACUAUUCUAAGUGUGUGGAAGCUGAAGCAGUUCAGGUUCAAGCUCAUGAAUGAAACAGGAGGUGCAAUGUUAUACGGCAUGCUUCUGGGAUUUGCUGUGAGAUGCUUACACAGUGGAGAGCAUAUGGGGAACAUAGAGAGCGAGUGCAUGUGCCAGACUCGAAACAGCACUCCUCACAUCUUGAUAGUCAACACCACAUCACAUGGGCACUGUUAUAGACAUGUUGGAAAAAUCAAUCAAAGUUGCCCACUGAUCUCAACUCCUCAUACGUUCGGUCUCUUACAGGAGACCUUUGAUCCAGAGGUCCUCUUCAAUCUGUUCCUGCCACCCAUCAUCUUCUAUGGAGCUUACACCCUUAAUCAGAAACGAUUCUUUGAGAACCUGGGAUCUAUUCUGACCUAUGCUUUCGUGGGUACAAUAAUCAGCUGUGCAAUCAUAGGGGCCUCGGCGUACGGCGCCACCAGACUGAUGGUGCUGCUGGGCCAAGCGGCAGAUGGAGAAGCAUUCUCGCUCACCGACUGCCUCCUGUUUGGUGCCAUUAUAUCAGCCACUGACCCAGUCUCGCUCCUUGGCCUGUUGUCAGAGCUGCACGUGGACCUCGAUCUGUACAGCCUGCUGUUUGGGGAGAGCGUCCUGAAUGACGCCGUAGCCGUUGUCCUGACACAUGCCAUCGUCACCUACCAGCAGACCGGUGCGGGACACGUCUUUGACCACAUUGCUUUUUUCCGCUCCGUUGGGCUUUUCCUCGGAGUGCUUGUCGCGUCCGUCCUCCUCGGUUUUAUAUUCGCAGUAAUAACAGCCCUCCUCACUAAAUUCACCCGGCUGUGGGAGAACCCUCUGCUGGAGACGUCCGUCUUCGUCCUGCUGUCCUGGAGCAGCUUCCUGUCCGCUGACGCCUGUGGACUCUCAGGCAUUGUGGCAGUACUGUUUUGUGCCUUGAGUCAAUCAAGGUACACAGCUGUCAAUUUGUCCUCUGAGGGCAGGACUCGGAUCAUGCAGCUCUUUGAAGUCUUCAACUUCCUGGGGGAGAUUUUCAUCUUCGGCUACAUGGGAUACGUAUUGUUGACGUUUCCUCACCAUGCCUUCAAAGCGCUCUUCAUUUUUGGGGCAUUUAUCUCCAUCUUUAUUUCAAGAGCUUGCAACAUCUACCCCUUAUCCUUCCUGUUAAACCUGGGUCGUACGAGGAAGAUACCUGCCGCAUGCCAACACUUCAUGAUGAUUGCAGGUUUGAGGGGUGCUGUGGCUUUUAGUCUGGCUGUAAGAGACACAUCCACAGACAAGAGGAAAACUAUCUUCACCACUUCUCUGCUGGUCGUUGCCUUCACCGUCUGGGUGCUGGGUAUGACUGCUGGCCCCGCGCUGCGCCGUCUGGACAUCAGAGUGGGGGCGGAUGAAGAUGAAAAUCCACAGGACCUGUCGGUUGAGGUUGAUACGGGCAGGCCAGACACAACACCAGGCCUGUGGCACCAUCUGGACUGCAAGUAUCUAAAGCCGGCGCUGACACACGCAGCCCCCCCGCUGUCCGGCUCGCUGCCGCCGUGCUGUGGGGUGUUUUCCCGGGUCUUCAGCGGCCCCCAGAUCCAGGAGGACCAGGAGCAGCUGUGUGAGACUCAACCAGAUAAAAACAAUCCGGAUUUGGAGAAAACAGAGGAGCAGAUUGCAGCGACGGGAGGCGACUCGGGAUCAGACCACCAUGAGGACCUGCUGGAGGGCGACUUGGGUCUCGGCACUGCUCCAGCGAGCGUCAGGCAGGCCUGAGAGGCCCCGGGGGUCACCUCUGACCCCCGCGCUGUCGUGAUGCGCCGCCUCCCUCAGCAACGGGGGGUCAGCGGCCGGGGCAUCCGACGGGAACAGCAGAGCAGGAGUUACAGUGGCCCUCCAAAGGUCACACACUCCCCUCCUGCCAUGUGCCGACACGCAUGCAAGGACACGCACACGCACACACACACACGCAGUAGGAAUCAAUUACAGAGGCCACUGCUCUUUCUGCUGGUUUUCUUGGUUUCAUUUUCAAGAAAUUUGAGAGGUGAAACGCCACAGUGUUUAACACGAGCAAUUUAAAGUUAACCGGCGUGCACCGUGCAGUCGACACACACCGGCCAAAACGCAAAAAUGCAGCGGAGCAAAUCACACAUUCAUUAUGUGCAGAGCAGCCUCCCGCUGCGUGGUUACAUAAUUCAACCUUUAUGGACAAUUACUCAUCAACUUAUACGCUGAUUGAAUGACACAGUAGUUCCUUUUAUCAGCUGAAAUUGUAUUUUUAUGCCUUUCCUUUUCAACCACGUCUUAUCAAGCUUUUGUUGCAGUGUUUUCUGUCGCCCCUCAUCUCCCUACACUAGAGUAUUCUCUUAAAGUUUAAACAUGAUAACCGCAUUUGGAAAAGAUACCAUUACCAUGUGAGGUUUUCUCUGACUUCUUUAAUAAUAUAUUCCACUUUGCACUUUUUGUUCUCUGAGUGCAUCAUUAUAAAUCCCAGAGCCCCUUUUCCCCGGAGUGAAGCCGGGUGUUGUUCAUGGCAUAAACACCGUCUGCCAAGGUUAGCCAAUUGCGAAUGCACUGGCAGGGCGUCUUGUAUUAAUAAAGCUUUUGUCCUUGAAGUGAGGGCUUUCCGUUUAUUGCACAGCUGCAUGUAUGAAAUGGCCUGUUGUGGUUCCUGCUCUAAUUUUGCUGUGAAAAUGUGUCCCCGCUUUGCUCGCACCGAGAGGUAAAUAUAACAUUGUUCCGAGGAACACUUUAAUUAUCGAGAUAGUUCAACCGCAAAGCCACUUAUUUAUAUUCCAGAUAAUUCAGAGUGGAAUAAGGCAGGUAUGGAGAACGGUGGACGGAAACUUAUUAGUUCUGCAACUUGCGGAUAUUCCAAAUAAAAAAAUACAAGAAGCCUUGCCUUCGGUACGCUGCGCUCAUCUGUGACACUCGACACAUCAAAUCAGCAACGUUUGACAUUUUAUAACAUCAAACAGCAUCUUUUUUUCUACAUGUGACAGAUGCUUUGAUAAACCACAAAAGCCUGUUUUUGAGAUGCACGCCUGUGAGUUUUAACACCUUUCGCUGCAGAGGAGGGAGAAACCGUUCACCUGUCGAGAGACUCGCUGCAUGUUAAGCUUUUCCACUAAAGUUUUGGUUGCUCUACAAAGCCAAUCGUGCAGGAUUACAAUGAGAUGGUGCCCGUGAAUCUCAGCGAACUCACACAGGCCUAUCUGAAAUCAGAAACCCUUGAUGACUUUUCAUGUGUUUUUAUUUUUUCCUCAGUGUUUCACUGAGUUCUGUAUGUCUAAGCUUUGUUUUCAAGUCAUUCAAUAUUUGUGUAUUUCCCAUUUUACAGCCAUAUUUUUGUUACUGUUUUGAUACUGUACUGACAAAAAUAAAGUUUCGCACAUUACC